AUGGACAAAAAUUUGAAUGUAAACAUUGAAACAACCUCAAUCAUUCCAACUGAUCAAAAUCAACGAAGAAAUAAUCUGAUGAAGAAGAAGGUAACAGAUGAAAUAACACCGCUGUUUAGUAGAUCCACUGAAGAAGAUGUUGUGAAUGAAAUUGAAAAG